AUGCACAUUUAUUUAGCCCUUAACAUCGGAGACUCAUGCAUAAGGGAUACUCAAUGUGCUUCUGGUAUUUGUUCCGGUACAUGCAAAGAUUCCGAUAAUCGUCCUGAUGGAGAACGUUGUGAAGUAAAUGAAGCAUGCGGAAGCCAAAAUUGUGAUCGUUUCUGUUUUACUCCCAAAGAUAAUGGACAAUCAUGCGGAGGGGAUUCUGAAUGUGUUUCUAGUAUUUGUAGCUCCGGUACAUGCAAAGAUUCCGAUGAUCGUCCUGCUGGAGAACGUUGUAAAGUAAAAGAAGCAUGCGAAAGCAAAAAUUGUGACCGCUUCUGUGUUGGUAUCGAAAACAGCAAAUGUGGUCUAGAUAUUGACUGUGGUUCACUUGUUUGCCGCAAGAGUGAUAAUACAUGCCAGAGUCUAAAUACACGUGAAGAUGGAAUAGAAUGCGCAAAAGAUGCGGCUUGUAAAUCUUCAAUUUGCGUUGAUUUUUCUGAGUGCAGGAGUAGUGAUGAUCGUGGUGAAGAUGCCGAGUGCUUAAACAAUAAAGCAUGCAAAAAAUUCGGAGACUCUCUUCGCUUGCAACUUCUUUUAGAUGAUCCUUUUAAUAAUGGUUUAUAUGGCACAUAUAAUAAACCGGUAAGAGAGACUUUAUGUGUAUUUCAAGAUAGGUCUGAAUUUAGACUAGAUCAAUGGAUGUGUCAAGAUUUAGAAAGUGAGUUGACAAAAGCUAGAGAAGCAAUUGCAAAGUUUUUUAAUGCGGUCACAAUGGAAUAA